AUGGCGGCCGCGAUGGUGGUUUUUGUGUUUGCGUAUGUUUUGGUGAUGAAGAUUCUGUACAAGUCAUCCAGAUUAGCAGCUGAUUGGGUGAGAUUUUUGAUCUUAUGCUUAGGUUUUGUUCGGAGAAGCUUUUACUUUGAAUUUUUCGGUCAUUUUCUGUCAAACUUAACGGAAGAUUGCGAGUUCUUCUAUCAGCUGGUCUACAAUCCUGAUAGGCCUUUAAAAAAUUGAAUCAUUGUAGUUGGUCAUGUGGGUUUAAACCUUGCGUCGACGUCAUAAAUUAUUUUUUACCCCGAGACGUUUUUCUCCGGGUACUCUGAUUUUUCCCUCUCCCUUAAAACCAACAUUUCCAAAUUCCUAUUCUGUUCGGAAUCAGGUAAGAUCAGGUAGACGAAGAACUACAAUGUGCUAUCUUUAAAUAGUUAUUUCUUUAUUUAUUAAUAUUUAUUUAUCUAUUUAUUUAAAUUUAUUUGUUUGUUUAUUGAUUUAUUUGGCAGCAACGCCAAUUUUCAAGUGAGUGGUGCAGGAUCUACAGAGCUAGAUCUACACUUUCCACAUUAAUUUGUUGUUUAAAACAAUGUCAUUUUGUCUUUUAAACUAAAAAUUGGUUGUUAUGCCAUUUUAACCCUACAAAUUCCUCGAGCCAACUGUUGUAUGCAGUCAUCUCACAUAUGCUAAGUUUAUAGUCACCCAUUCUUAUGAAUUGAGUUUGAGAUGGCUGUGGUUUGUUGUGCACAGUGUUUCUGUAAAUUUUCACUUGAGCCAAGAAUCAUCCUCAUGGUUUUCUUUUUCUUUUCUUUUGUUUCUUUUGUUUUUUGGUUUUUUUUUUUCGUGCAAAGCUGGCAGCCAUUUCUACAGGAGUAGCCAAGAGAGAAAAUGAACUGAAAGAAACAAUCAUUCAACUGAAAAGUGAUCAGCUUAAAAUCAGUGUUCAGGUAACUAAAAUAUUGACUAUGAUGUUAACCUAUUAAUUUUCCUUCUACAGUAAAUAGAGUAAUAAUAUUGCUUGUCCAAAAAUUAACACAACUUGAUGCUACAUAGGUAAUGGUUGAAUCAUCUAGGCAAAAAGGGGCAAAACCUAAAUGUUUACAAUAUUUUAUUAAUUUAAAAACUGUGUGCUUUCAUUUUAGGAAAAAAUUGUUGUAUUUAAGGGAUUUACACAAAACACGUAGCUUUGGGACUUCAAUUUCACUUUUGUUCUUUCUCUUUCCUUUCCCUUCCUUUACCCUCACUCUUCUCUUCCACAUUUUUUCUCCUUUUGCUGGACUUUUAUUGGAAAAAUACUGCACUUUAGGAAUUUUUUCCUUUUUGGUACCGUUACCAACAGAUUUAAAAGUUGUAAGUUCCGAACACAAAAUUUGUCCUAAUUUAUUUUAAACUGCAGUGAAAUUUACCUGUGUUUAUUUCUUUAUUUCUUUUUGUUUUUUUUUUUUUUGUUUGUUUGUUUUGUAAGGUUGUUGAAAAUUUCUUUCUCUCUAAACAUACCAGCUGAUUUGUCCGAUUUCAAGACAGGAAUUUGGAGCCAGAUAAUUCCGGGAGCCUUCCUGUGUUAUCUUUAAGUAUUGCCUACAACAAUGCUCUAUUUUUGAGAAAAAAAAAUAGUUACAAAUAUAUUGUUCAGAAGGUUCUUUUUGUUACCUCUUAAGGCAUUUAUAUAGUUGGAGCCUAACUGGCCUAUGUACUAGUGAGAUCAGCACUGCUUUAAUUAAGAAGCUGCACGAUCUUUGUGAAAAGUGUGUAAUAUGUAGUGGAUGUGGAUGAUGAUGAUGAUGAUGAUGACGAUGGAGAUGAUGAUUCAUAACUAUUUUUAUUAUUAUUAUUAUUAUUAUUAUUAUUGUUAUUAUUAUUUAUUGUUAUUAUUGUAGUUUUUUCUUUAUCCCCUUUAUUUUUAGGAUGAGUUUGCAAAGUAUAUGCGAAUAGACAGAAAAGUAAACCAGUUAAACAGGGAACAUUCACAAUUAGGUACAGUGAUAUCUUAAAGUUCAAACAUUUAUAUUGUCGUCAUGGAGCUUGAGCAACCACAAAAACAACAAAAUAAUUAAUGUCUCAUAUGCUCUGCUGUAUGUUUCCUAUAUUUUGAUUGUGAGAUUUCACAUGGACUGUGUUACAGGAUGCGAAUUGGAUAGUAUCAGAAGAAGCCCUGAUUGUAGACUGGCCAGCUGUGGGCUGACAGGUGGACUGUUGUCAUAAAACUGUUGAACAUGGCACAUUAAUAGGUCAUUUUCAAGUUCCCAAUACCAUCACUUUCAAAACGAGGCUAAGAGCAAAACAGUGUUCCAGAAAAGUGACGGGUCUCAGGUCAAUGACCGCACAAAGAUGGCUUCCUGACCCGACAGAUGACAUAUAAGUGUUAAGUUAAAUAUGAUGAAAAAAAUAAGCACAUGAUCUUGGUGAACCCUCAGAUGGUCUACAUGACCCCCACUUAAAAGAAUUAACUGGAAUGCUUCAAAACCUUUCUUGUGAAAAUAAGUUUUAUUUACAUGAGAAUCAAAAAUCAUUUUCCUACCAAUAGCUUCGCACGUAGCCUCAUUUUUAAACAGGAGCUUCGGGCAACUCAAAAAUGGAGUAUUAAACCUUUACUAGUAGCCUGUGCCAAGCUCUCAGAUAGUAGGGACAUUGUCAAAACAAGGCCAAGGGAAAAUACUGUUGGCUGGAGAUAAGCAUGUAAUCACAUGAUGAAAAAACAUGUUCUAAUUGGUUGAAAACUUGACAUGUUUUGCCUCCAAACUGUUGAAGUUUGGGGUGGUGUUAGACCAAUGUUCUCAUGCAAAGUAGGCAGCUCUUUGCAGCUUGCAAAGAAAGUCGUGUCCAAUAGCCCGGGGCUAGUGGAUUUUGCUAUCGGGCUAGUCAUCUUUGUUCUUAACCUGCCUGAUGGGCAAAGGCCGUUUUUUGGGGAAAUUCAAUUUCAUAAGGAUUGUAAUCAAUCCUGUUAAUCAAAAAGGGUUUGGGGGCUAGUUAAAAUGGCUUGUGGGCUAGUACAUGCUAGCUACAGCUUGCCCGAAUGGCAGGCUGUAAAGCUUGCUUUCUUUGCACCCUGUGUUUGUUGUCUUGAUUUGUUUUCAAUCAACAAAAUAUUCACCGCAAGAUAUUAACUAAAGAAGAAUUGCUGGAGUUGUAAAACUCCAAAGAAUAAUUCUUAAAAGCACGUCUGCUGUUUCUGAGCAAGAAAUAUUACUGAAAAUUGAGAAAAAUUAAAGAUGAGCAGAAUGCGCUGAUGAGAAACAUGUUAACAGUGUAACCUUUGGAGCGACAGUUUGCUUUAACAGCUUUCAAACUUCAAAUGUUUGGCCGGGAAAACAUGUCUUGUCUGGCACCCUAUUCAGAGGCGGAUCCGGGGGAAGGGCCCAGGCACCCCCUCCCCCCACCUUAUUUUUAGACCAAACUGAGGCCUGAAAGGCUGCAAAAAAUUUUUUUGAGACCCCUCCCCCCUUAACUCAGGGUCUGGAUGACCGGCUCUUCCACCCUUAUCUGAAAGUCUGGAUCUGCCGCAACCAACAGUAGCAUGUGCGUGAUCUGGACCUGUGCAUUUUUUGUACAAUCUCUGCACGUUAAUAUUAUGGAACCUGGUGUGAUAGGCUUCUCUACUGCUGGUGAUGUCUUUUUGUACAAUGGCUAAUUCUUUUUGUUGGACAGUGGAUACAUUCCCUUCAAUAGUCACCUCUCUUUGGUGGUAUUGUAUCUUUGUGCCCUUUAGCUAGGUCGCCAUUAUCAGGGAGAGGUUAAAAUGUUUGAGAGUUUGAACAGUUUCAGUCUUGUUCCCAGACCUAUGGACAGUAGCCCGUACGAAAUCUUGUGGCCUGACUGAGCCACAAUAGGGCCUUAAUAAGGCCUUAAAUGGAAACAGAGAGCAAAAGAUCAACCAAAACUGAACCUAACAGCUUGAGCCCAAAAAAUUUUGUUUCCUUUUUUGUUUCUAAUUCCAACACCAUGAACAAAAAGCGACCAAAUUCAGGCAAAAUAUUUUAGGUUGUAAAUUUGGUCGACAGUUAAACCCCAAAUGUGAACCAAAAUCGCUUUGGGCUGUUAUUUAGGCUCUCAUUUUGAACGCUCUACGACCUUAAAGCAGGCAAAAUUUUUUUAGUCGUAGAUUAGGUCGCUCAUGUUGGAAGCCGACUGAGGCUGUAAUUUUGGUGUUGAUCAGUUCGGUCGAACCAGCGAAUUACAGUGAAGUCGAUGUGGAGCCACCAGAAAAAGGUGUAAGGGAGACAUUAAAUAUUAGCAAAACUUUAAUUAAAUAGACCUAACGCAAGAGAUUUUUGCAAACAAAAACGAGAAAUAUCAGAUUAGUUUUUUAACUCAACUGAACUAAACAUUUACAGAUACAAUACGUACCUACAAAGUUGAUUCCCUCACCUUGCAAGUAAGACUAAUCUCUUUCUAUUUUAUUUGCAAUUAAAUUUGCAAACAUAAUUGACGCACCUGACGAUAGAUAAAUCCACGCCGUGCAUGCACGAAACCAAAUACAAUAAAUGAAUGUUUUGUCCCUGAAGACUUCCGACCAGUUAAAGCUGGAUUUAAAUAGCUAUAUAUGAUGUAUUUGAAUCGUGGUGGUACCAUAUUAAAAAGCCUCUACAAUUACUACAGUAAAAAGGGUUUUACUAUGGAAAAAUUUUCGUGACAUUGUCUUUACGUUACCGUAGUAAACCUGACAGGUCCACUUGAAACUUUCCAUGCGUUGUUUUUGCGUGAUCGCGUUUCUUGAUUUCUCAAAAACCCUGUUUCGAUAUGUUCACGUGGCCUUAGAGACACAUGAUGAUUGGUUAGUUUAUUUUGGCGGGCAUUUGGGGUUCAUCGUAAGAGAAAAACGUUUGUGCCUUCUCCUGUAAACGUUUUCCCGAUCUAAGUUACAUUGAAACUUAACAUUUGUAAGUUUGAAAAUUAGUUUUCAUUACUGCAUCUAUUUUGGUUCGGACAAAAGUCUCGGCAUUGUGCCCAAAAAGUCCCAAAAGUCGCUGUGCCUUGCAACUAGGACCGUUUGAAGCGAGGCAAGAAGCUGAAGUGAAAAUGUGCAGGACAAAGGUUUGUCAGUAUAAUUUUUAAAACUGCCGAUAAAGGUAAGCUUGUGUGUUUUAAGUUGUAUUUAAGGUUAGUGUUUUUUCUUCAUAGAUCGUGCAUCAUGUUAAACGUUCGUAGCCCUUUCUUUUGGCGGCCAGUAAACAUGUCAUGACUGUUUGAAAACGCAGAAGUCUUCUUGGAAACAUGUUUAUCUCUAUGAUAUAGGGCUUAAAACCUGCCUAACAAACCAGUUAAAUAUUGUUCUGGAACAAUUUCCUAAAGCACACGGCUGUAUUUGCUGGUUGUGGGCAACACAGGAAGAACUAAAUAACAGAAAUCGUGCGAGGAAAUAGCUCCGUAUAAAAUAGUAUCACUUUGUUUUUGGUAUUAGUACGGGUCGCGUGUCAAAGAAGUUAUCGAGCUUGUGAGAGUAAAAGGUAUUGAUGCGUGGAAUUUGUGAUCGUCGCAGUGCUGGUGCUCAUCUAUGUGAAGGAAUAAUAUUCAGAAAAUCUCUAUGUAAUUUUUGAAGAAAUGCACGAACAGUCUGUAGCAAGUGGACUUUGUACGUGAUGUGAAUUCGUGAUUUAUACAUUCAAAACGACGCGUGACCCGGUUUCGUUCUUUGAUGUAAUAUUUUUUGUAGAAAAAUUCUGGUAGCAAUGUAUUUAAAUUAGCUAUACUGCAUUAAAAAUCCAGUUGAUGUUUCAUUUGUAGCGAUUUUCAUACAAACGUUUGUCAAUUAUUUAAUACUAACUUUAGCUUGCUUAUCUAUUUAUCUACCUUGAAAAUGUACAUUUGGCACGCAAUCUCGAGUUUGCCGGUGUCGAGUUACUGUUGAGUGAAAUCUUGACCAAAAAAUGGUUGGAUCUCAGCCUCAAUUACAGCGUAAUUUUGGCCCAAAUGUGGCCUAAUUUAGCUCGAACCGGAUUACAGAAAUAUGCAGCGUGCAGACAGCGGUCAUUAUCGUGUUACCGUUCAGCCAAAAUGACAGCAUAAUUUGGGCCCAAUUUUGGCCCAGUUUUUGCAUCACUGUAGUGUAGUUAGGAUUUGGGUUCUAUUUUGGUUUAUUUUGUGGCUCAAAUAUUUACGUUUCAGUGAGGCUCGUUUUGGUUCAUCUUUGGUUGAACUUUUUAAGGCCCUGUUUUGGUUUAUUUCCGUCCGGGUUUGGCUGAAAAUUAUGGCCUAAUUUACCUUCUGGCUAGAGCGUUAAUUUUGGUACGGGAGGAGCUAUAGCAAUGUUCAAAAUUUACCACUGGAUUCUCAAUUCUUGUGAGAAUUGAUUGAAUUGAGUCAAAAAUUCAGACUCAAUUCUCAGUUGUUGCAUCUCAAUUCUCGAUACUCGAUUCCUGCAAGACUCAUCAAUAAUGAACUAGCACAGCAAUCCAUGACUUUUUAUCUGAUGUAAAAUCCGAAAUAAAAGGAAGCUUUGUGUAAAUAAACAUUGUGUAAAGUGCAACUGUUUGUUCACAGUGCACUGGCUGACAGACAUCCACUUAAUUUGAAUUUUAUUUUACAUUCAUAGCAAAAGAAAGAACUGUAAAGUUAUCCUGGAGACAGAGAAUAUUAAAAGCAAUUUGCAUUGGACUUCUGGUAAAUAAUUAUUAUUAAAUAACUUUUCUGAAGAAAAAAUCUGGGAAAUACUCAAAUCAGAACACGUACGUAAUUAUAUUUUUCUCGUCAAUUUUGUAAAAUUAUGUAUCUUUUCCAUCUGAUAUUUUUAGGGUAUGUGUCAUCUAGCAUUUCUGUUUAUGUACAGAAAGGAUCCAGUCGCUGUCUUACCUGUUGAGUGGUUCUAUCCACUGAAUUCCAUUUUAGCAUUUCCUACAGGAGUGUCUGGUAAUAAUUUAAUUAUAAUGUUUAAUAAUUAAUCCUAGGCAAAUUGAAAUUAAAGAAAAAAUUUCCUUUUGGAGAACACAGGAUCAAGAGAAUCAAAAGUUUUAAGGUUGUUGUUAUGGCUUGUGGUUGCAGUGAUUGAAAAAACUGAAAUGCACUUUGUCAGAGUCUCUAUGUAUUUGGCACAACAUUACUAAUUGAAGUCACUUUUUCACAUCUCAUGAUGGAAACAGGAGUGCCACUUUAUGUCUGAGCCCCGCAAAGGUCUAGCCAGUAGCAGUACCUAUAAUAAUCAAGUAUUUUGAGAGCCUAAGUAUUUUGCGGCCACGGUCAUCUGGCCCCUGACAUUCCACUCUGCAGUCAAGUGCUGUACUGAUUGAUUGUGGACCCCCCACAAAUUGCAGUUUAACCUUUUGUAAGCUGAUACAUUGUACCCAAGGGGCCAGAAAGUGUGUGCUUGAGGAGGUUAAAAAUACCUAGCCUGCAAAACAGGCAUUGUUUUUUUGCAUUUUUCAGGCGAGUGAAGGCAAGCGCUAAGCCAGUGAGGAGUGUCGGACUCCCCCUCCCCUGUCACAUUUGUCUGGUGCUCCUUGCUCGCUUUUCACUUAUGUCUUGGCUUGCCUGAAAAAUGUGAAAAAAUACUGGUAACAGCUGUUAUGCAGGCUAAAAAUACUGGGUUUGCACGUAAAAAGCAGUGUUUGUAUGUGGCUUGGACCAUAGUAAAGUGUCCAUGUACAUGGGAGAUGCCCACUCACUGGAGGAAGACUAAUUAACACCGGGUAGUUCCCUUUAUUUUUGUAUCGAAGAAUAGUCAGAAUAUCAUAGAUUCCCUCUAAAUCACACUGGGAAAACUCUGACCGCCAUGUGUAAUAUUGCUAUCGGCAGCCCAAACAGUGCUAAUAAGGUAGGAAGAGCCUCCAUGCUUUGCAUAGGGUAUCCCCCAUUAGGGUGUGACUGUACAUGGUAUGGAGAAUGCCGGGUAAUGCUCUGUGGCCUGAGUUGUUGACCACUUCUAUAAAGGUGGUUUGAUUGCUUUAACAUCCCUUAAUUACAACAGAUUAAAUAUUGUUUGCUAUUAUAAUUGUAUAAAUUACAGGUGCUAUUGGCCUUCCAUGUUGGAUCAUUACAUCAAAUAGCAUCAUAUCCAUGACGCUGUUUUGACUCACAUGAUUAGGUUGACCAACGGUUCCCCCUUAAAACAGGCCAGCAGCUUUGGAGGACAAACUUCAUCCCGUCAAGUACUUGAGGACUUAUUUGACCACGACUAAGUGGAUGAAAAUUUGUCACUGGAUCAUUUCAAACGCAAUCUUACUGAACAGAACUCCCAGCCAGGAGUCAAUUAGAACUGUGCAGUGAUAUGGCGUAUGUACAAGAUUCUUAUUACCUUCCUGGGCAUCUUAAAAACCGAGAGUUAAAUCUACAUGUCAGAAGGUGUGCAGUGGACUUCAAACAAAUGUACUAAAAAGCGUGAUGCACGUGCAGAGCUGUUGUCUUGAUCAUUAAAUCUAUUGUUUUUGGGAGAUGUCGCCGUCGUCGUAGUUGCUUAAGCUCCCUAUUCUAUUAGACGAGACGACGAAUUUUUAAAUAGUCCGCGCGAAACGUCCCAGCGGUGAAGAGCGAGGAGAAACGGCUGUUUUCGCAGGCUAAUCUACGUUCUCUACUGAACCCAGAGUAGUAAAUAAUGAUCACUUCCAUUAUCGUCUUUAGGAUAAAAAGGAUUUCCAUUUUCUGUUGUCUAGAAUGAACAAACUCUACCGCGAUUUCUUGAAUUGGCAGAUGUAAUUAGUUGUAAGAAACCACAUGAUUUUGCUUAGGCCCGCGCAAAGAUGGUGGAUACAGUAAAAACCCGGGAAUAAGAACCUGCUGGCAGAAAUUUUCCACUUUAAUACCCAAAAUACAAGAACCUGUGUAGC